CAUCUAGAGUUGUUUUGCACUGGAAAUUGUAAAAUUCAAAGCAAUUUAAAGGCGUGCAUUUAGAGUGAAAUAUUUUCAUUUUGUAAAAGAUGGCAGACAGUGAUACCGAUAGCAGCUCAUCUAGCAGUGAGAGUGGAAGUGUAACUUCAAGUUCGUCAAGUUCAUCGUCUUCUGCUGAUUCGGCUCCAAGUCCAAAAGAAUCAUCUGCUAAAAAAGAUGUUACUACUACAGAGAAUGGAAAGGAUUAUAAAUCUUCAUCAGUUCCCUCGUUAGAAGAAAAAAAAUCUUUAACACAAAGCGAAGAUUACUUGCCUGAAAAAGUUAAUGUAAAGAGCUGCAAAAAUCGAGAAGAAAAUGAUGAAGUAAGGUUAACUAACACAGUAAGUCCUGACAGAAAUAAAGAGUUAAGCGAUUCCACCGGUGCGGCUGAAUGUGAUUCAAAUGAAAAUAAAGCCUCAGGAGAACUUGAAGAAGGUGAAAUAACUAAUAAUGAAGCACUUACCCAAGUAGUUGAUGAUAAGGAGAGAGAAUCAGAAGGAUUUAAUGGGCCGAAUGAAAAUAUCGAACCAACCCCUACUAAUGAUAAAUCUGUGGAAAACAAUUUCGACUUGAGCGAAAACAAGGACCAACCUUCCGAAAAAAAAUCGGAAUCAACUUCCGCUAAAAAAUCUGACGAGAAUAAUAAAAUACAGGAAACUAAAGAAACCCGUAUUGCAAACAAAUCGCGUCGACGCUCUAGAUCUCGUUCUCGAGAGCCAAUAAAACCAUCUCGACGCAAUCGUUCCCGUAACCGCUCUAUUUCCAGACAACGUUCACGAUCUCGUUCCCGUAAACGUUCCCGGCGGUCAGUAUCCCUAGAAAGACGACAAGAGGAACGUAAACGACGUCAUGCCGAACGUGAGCGCGGCGAAAAUGAAGAUCGGAAUAAAAAAAGAAGGGAGAGAGGAAAAAGUCUUAGUGCUGAAAGUUCGCCCAAACGUAAUAAAUUGUCUCCAACGCGUAAAGAAAAAGACGAUAAUAAAAAUGAUGAUAAUGACAAUGCUACGGUUACUGAUCCAAAUGCAAAGAUUACUGAUCGCCAGCGACGAACUGUGGAUCUGUUAACAUCACGUACUGGCGGUGCUUACAUUCCACCAGCUAAGUUACGUAUGAUGCAAGCCGAAAUAACCGAUAAAGCUUCAGCUGCAUAUCAGCGUAUAGCAUGGGAAGCACUAAAAAAAUCAAUACAUGGUUAUAUCAACAAAGUGAAUGUAGACAACAUAGCGAUUAUAACGCGUGAGCUCCUAAAGGAGAAUAUUGUACGAGGUCGUGGUCUACUUUGUCGUUCUAUAAUACAAGCCCAAGCAGCAUCACCAACAUUCACACACGUCUAUGCAGCUUUGGUCUCUAUAAUAAAUUCCAAAUUCCCUAAUAUUGGUGAAUUGUUACUUAAGCGCUUGGUGAUACAAUUCAAACGCGCAUUUCGUCGAAAUGAUAAAGCGGUUUGUUUAUCUUCGUCCCGUUUCGUUGCCCAUUUGGUAAAUCAACGUGUGGCACAUGAAAUUCUCGCAUUGGAGAUACUAACUUUGUUAGUAGAAACACCUACAGACGACUCAGUGGAGGUGGCUAUUGCCUUUCUUAAGGAAUGUGGCAUGAAGUUGACAGAGGUGUCAUCAAAAGGAAUAGGUGCCAUUUUUGAAAUGCUUAAAAAUAUACUGCAUGAGGGUAAAUUGGAUAAACGCGUACAGUAUAUGAUUGAAGUGGUAUUUCAAGUACGAAAAGACGGUUUUAAAGAUCAUCAGUCAAUUAUUGAGUCCCUAGAGCUGGUGGAAGAAGAUGAUCAAUUUACACAUCUGCUAAUGUUGGAUGAGGCCACAAAUCCUGAAGAUGUUUUAAAUGCUUUCAAAUUCGAUGAUCAGUAUGAAAAUAAUGAAGAAAAAUAUAAAGGUCUUUGUAAAGAGAUAUUGGGAAGUGAUGCUAGUGGUAGUGGGAGUGGUUCGGGCUCCAGCAGCGAUUCUGAAAGUGGCUCUGGUGAUUCGGAUUCAGAAAAUGAAGGAGAAGACGGUGGCCAGAAAACGGCUGGGGACAUCAUCGACAACACCGAAACUAAUCUAAUUGCUUUACGGCGUACAAUUUAUCUAACAAUAAACUCGAGUUUGGAUUAUGAGGAAUGCGCUCAUAAGUUGAUGAAGAUGCAGUUGAAACCAGGUCAAGAGAUCGAGCUCUGCCACAUGUUCCUUGAUUGUUGUGCAGAACAGCGCACGUAUGAAAAAUUUUACGGAUUACUAGCGCAACGAUUUUGUGCUAUUAACAAAAUCUAUAUUGAACCAUUUGAAGAGAUAUUCAAAGAUACAUACCAAACAACUCAUCGUUUAGAUACGAAUCGCUUAAGGAAUGUAAGUAAAUUUUUUGCACAUUUACUAUUCACUGAUGCCAUCGGUUGGGAUGUGUUGGAGUGUAUUAAACUAAAUGAAGAUGACACGACCUCCUCAAGCCGGAUUUUUAUAAAAAUUCUGUUCCAAGAGUUAGCCGAAUAUAUGGGACUGGGGAAAUUAAAUACUAAACUGAAAGAUGAAGUUUUAACGGAAAGUUUGGCUGGUCUAUUCCCUAAGGAUAAUCCCAGGAAUACGCGCUUCGCUAUCAAUUUUUUCACAUCGAUUGGCUUGGGAGGUUUAACUGAUGAAUUAAGACAAUUUUUGAAAAACGCUCCGAAAUCAGUGCCAGCUAUCAAUGUUGAAAUAUUGGCUGUUAAGCCAGAAGAAAGCAGCUCUUCAAGUUCGUCAUCAUCUUCUUCAAGCUCAUCAAGUUCAUCAGACAGUAGUUCCACGACUAGUGAUACGUCAGACUCUAGUGAUUCAGAAGAUGAAAAGGGCAAGAAGAAAAGGCGCGGCAAAGCAAAAACUGAUAAAAAGAAAGGUAGCAACAAGGUUUCGAAGAGGGAGAAGGUAAAGCGGAAGGCUCAUUCAAGACAAAAUAAAACCAAGAAAAUUAGCGAACACAAUAGUAGCAGUGAUUCUGACAAUUCAUCAGACUCCAACAGCAGUACAAGCGAUGAUGAAAGCAGUAGCGGAAGUAGCAGCAGCAGCAGUGACGAUAAUAGGCGUAAUCGUGAUCGUAAAAAGUCCAAAGAUUCUUCGACCAAGUCAAAGAAAAAGUCGAGUAGAGCAAAUGAUGAUAAACUGGAUAAAAUUCAACGAAAUCGUCAUAUUAACGUUGAUGAAGAUAAUAGAAAAGCAAGUAAAGUAAAAAGAGAUAAACGGGACAAAUCGGAACGAAAUGAGCGUAAUGACGAGGAGAAGAGUAGGAACGAUAAUAGAUAUUCUGACCGGCAUAUGGAGCACAGACGGCAAAGAGAUAAGUCACCUGAUAGAAAGCGGGAAGAAAUACGUGAGCGAAAGGAACGUGCUAAAGAGUAUGUUCGCCACUCUGAUGAAGAACGACGAAAGGAUCGUGAGAACAGACGCCAACGCAGUCGUAGCCGUAGUCGCAGUCGAGAUCGCAAUCGUAAAGACCGUAACUACUAUGACAAACGUAGUGUGCGAUCAACGCGCAAUGGUUCGAAAGAACGUGGAUAAUCGUUACAGUUAGUUUGACAAUGGACUUAAAUAGGCUUUAGAGCUAUUGUGAAUUUUUUAUGUUAAAUAACUGAUACUGUACAUGUUAAAAUAUUUUGAAAAAAGUAUUUUCUCUAAACUUUAUCAGGAUAAGAGCUAUAAUGUUUACUUACACACAAAUUUUUACAUACAUAAAUGUUUGUAUUUUAAAUCAUA